AUGGGUCGCCAUUCCUGUUGUGUAAAGCAAAAAUUGAGGAAAGGUUUAUGGUCCCCCGAAGAAGAUGAGAAGCUGUUCAACUACAUAACCAGAUUUGGAGUUGGAUGCUGGAGUUCGGUUCCAAAACUAGCUGGACUGCAAAGAUGUGGAAAGAGUUGCAGGUUGAGAUGGAUAAAUUAUUUGCGGCCUGAUUUAAAGAGAGGGAUGUUCUCACAGCAGGAGGAGGAUCUUAUAAUCAGUCUUCAUGAAGUUCUUGGAAACAGGUGGGCUCAAAUAGCAGCGCAGUUACCAGGGAGAACAGAUAAUGAGAUUAAAAACUUCUGGAAUUCAUGCCUAAAGAAGAAGCUUCUGAAGCAAGGGAUUGACCCCAAUACACACAAGCCCCUAACAGAAGCUCAUGUUAAGGAAGAAAAGAAAAUCACGGAGACAACACCUAUGCAAACACCACUGUCUCAAGGCCUUUCAGUUCCACUAACUUUUCCUUCAUCACAGGGAUCAACACUUCUAAUAGAUUCCAGUUACUAUGAUGGAGGGCUAACUGAAGCUUCAAGAGAAAUUUUCUUGAACAAGCCAGCAUUGGACCCUUUAUCCUACUAUGAUUUUCCAAUGGGUGCAGCACAGUCUGGUUUUAACUUACCUAUGAGUCAGUGUCAGACAAGCCUUAAAGCAUCUGAUCAGAGUCCUUUUGGACCUAAUUCAAGCUAUGGGUUCCUUACAAUGCCAAGUCUAACCAAUUCUGAUCACGGGAACGUGUCGGUGACUGAGUUUUCAGACAAUAAUUCCGCUUCCAAAAUCAGUUCAUUGUUCAUGAAUGAGCAGGUGAAAGAAAGUUCCAGCAAUAGCUCAAACAUGAGCACCAUUUACCCAGGAGGAGGGUGUCAUAUCAGCGGCAUGAUAGAAAAUGCAGGGUUCUCGUGGGAGGGUGACAACAAAUUUGACCCUUUGUUUCAGUUCCAAGUAAAUGCCACAAAAUCCGAGGAUUUCAAGAUAAGUCCAUGGGAAGAAGGGCAGCUGCAGACUCACAAUUCGAUAGAUUUCACUAGCUUUCCAUUAACGUCACUUUCAGAAGAUCUAACUGGAGAAAAUUUUGAUGUAUUUCAGCAUAUAUGA